AUGAUCAUUGAGAGCCGCUCUAUUCAUUACGACCAAUUUCUGACCCCAUUCAGCCUAGACAAGAUGAGCUACAUUGCCCGCCGAGGUCUCUCGACCUUGAUUCCCCCCAAGGUCGCCUCCCCUAACGCCAUUGGUGCCGCCCAGGAUGCUGCUCGCAUGGAGCGUGUUGUGACUUUCUACGCUGGUCUUCCCCGUGGCCCUGCAGCUGCUGUCAAGCCUACCGGCCUCAUCGGUCGUUACCAGGCUCGCUACUUCAAUGGCAAGAACGCCUCCGGUGUUCCCCUUAUCCACGCUAUUGGCGGUAUCCUGAUUUUGGGUUACAGCAUGGAAUACUACUUCCACCUGCAUGUCAAGAAAUCCCCGGGAAUUCUGAGUUGCAAGCAACGACAGCAUCCAACAAAGCCACUGCUUAAAUUGAUCAAACAUCGAAAAACUAGGGCUUUCGAGGAGAUUCAAAAGGUCGACCCUCAGCUUCAACCCGAGUUGACUCUUGAAUCUCGUAUCAUCCUCCCUAUCUUUGUAUCAUCAACCGUCCUUACGCAUACUCCCUCCCCCUUUGCCAUAAUCCCUCUCUGGGACCUCUUGGGCUGCGGAUUUCCCAAGACACCACGCGCCUAUCGAUUCCGCGAUCAAUCGAGUAUUGUUAUGGCAGAGCAGAGCAACCGCGAUGUGGUAGAUCAGACCCUGUCGGGCGGCGAGCCUUCGCCUUCCGACGUUCCUGCGAGCACUAACGACAAACUAUCUGCUGGAGGGGACGCAGGGAAGACCGAACAUAUCGCAAUGAACACCGCUACAUCGAAGAACUCAAACUUGAAUGAUCAGCAAAACCAUGAGAAAACGAACACUCUUGAUUCACGGGAAGGAAGAAUUGCCGGCGAUAAGGACGCUGGAGGCUCGACGAUGGAAACGUCGAAGCAGGGUGCUGGAGUAGUUGCGACGCGAGUUCUUGAACUUAAUGGACUAGCCUCGGCAUCGGACGGCGGAGAGGACACAGCAUCACAAGGUGGUUCGGAGUCGGAUGCGAGCCGGUCAGAUGGCAAGAAUCAUACUCAUAUUGGCUCAGUCAAAAAACCAGCAGGAUUCAAGCCAGUCUCAUUUGCCAAGUUCUCGGUAAACAAGGUCCCGGGGGCUCCAACACCACCCAAGGUGCCCGAGAAAGUGCCAACCUCUACAACACCACUCGGUACCCCACAGCCAAGCUCCCGUCCGCGCUUGGUUGCGAAGACAACACUCGGCAUGCGUGAUUCCUUUUCGAAGACCGGAGCAGGUGGAGGCAAGCCUGGUGGAUCAGGGCCUGAUCCAAAUCAAGUGUGGAAUAAAAACAGGCCUGUUGUGCCCGCUCCUCCGAAACACUUGACCGAUGAAGAACUGAAACAACAAUACGGAAUUCACAUGACUUCGCGUAUUCAAGAAGAUGGGGCUGUUAGCUCCGAAGCAAAGUGGGCGGAUAUUGAUGACGAUGAAGAUGAUUGGGCGCCUGAGACGAUUGAAUGGACAGAUGGAACUAAGGUCAAUCUCACUCAACCUCACACUGAACCUCCGCUGGCUCCUAGUCAUCGGGAGCCCAAGGAGCCUAAGGAGCCCAAAGAGCUACCGCCUGUAGAGCCAAGCAUCAUGAAGGAGCUUCCUAAGGUUGUACCGAAGCCGGCUGUAUCAAUGGGGUCUCGUGCUAUGGUACUUAAAGUUGGAGCGAACGCUGAACGGCAAGCGAGAACUGCAAGUGCUUCUUCUAACGGCACAAAUGACAAAGUUCCAUCUAGCUCCACAAGCCCAGCACCACCCUCCAAGUCUCCUUGGGCCGCCCUGCCUCCCGUCGAAAGAGUGUCUCCAGUCAUUGCUCCAGUUCAGCCUCACCAACAGCGCAUGCCCAUGAGAUACCCCCAGAGGGAUGACGGCCACCACGCCACAAUGACAAUGCCACCCAAGGAGAUUGCAGCGGAUGAUUUUAACCGUGCAUGGAAAGAUCAGUCAGAUUUGCCUCAGCUUUUCAACCCUCGGUCUUCCCAGUACGAGCCGGUGGCAGAAACCAGGAGAGGAUCUUGGCGUCAUGACCAACACCCCCGUGCUCCUGCGGUUUUGCAGAGGCCAAACGACCAUCCAAGUGGACCGGCAGAGCCAUCUGCUGCAUUCCAAACGCACAGAUCUAGUCACCAGGAGGGUAUGGGGUGGGGAGGUCGUCGUCGCACAUCAUCAAACGUGAGCGGAGGAAGCGGAGGAUUUGGCCGUAAGAUGUCAGUUGGCCGCUUUGAUGCUCCUCAGAGAUACAAUGAUGCCCGAAGAGGUUCUCAAGUGAAUGGCCUGGGUGAUUCAGCAAUAGUGGGCCACGAGCAGCAACAUGGCAAAGACGAAAUGCCUCUGUCUGGUCCAAACGGUACAGCUCGUCCGGCUGUUGAUAUAGGUAUGUCUCUUGUGGAGACACAGGCUACAGUUCCUCAGGUUCCUCAAGAACCUCAGGAGGACCCUGUUGCUCUGCAAGAGCGUAUUAUGAAGGAAAAACGUCUAGAGGCGAGACAACGAAAAAUUGAGCAAGAGGAGAAAGAGGAAGCAGCUAAAAAGGAGAGGAUUAGGCAGCGUCUCGCAGCGAUGGGUCCUGCGCCAGAAAAGAAAACCACGGAAACGCGCAACCCCCCUCUCUUCUACCUCAACCUCAAUCUCAACCUCACCCUCACUCUCACUCUCUUCAUCCUCCCCAAACCCCUUCCCAACUUCCACAUCAACCCCUUCAUUCCAUUUCUUCACCACCAAAGCCUCCUGUUCCAGAACCCAACCGGGAACCGAAACAGUAUGAGCAAACAUCUCAACCGACGCGUCUCAUCACCCCACCAAGAACCCCAUCGUGACUCUGCACCUACAUCUACUUCAUCCCACCUCAAGACUGAACCUCACUCACCCGCCCAGAGCAAGGCAUCUGAUCCAAAGCUCGACGAGCACGGUACUCAGUGGCAAGGCAAUUUAGCUUCAACUUCACCGUGGUCUCACCCCAACAUUGCUGUGCCGUCCACAUCUGCCAAAAAUCUGUGGAAACCGUUUGGCAGUGACCGCACUCCCACUCUCGGUAACGGCAUCUUUGACCAACCCUUGGGGACUUUUGCAUCACGUGAAAACCCUCUAGGCCAACUUAGUUUGGAUUCAUCAAAUAUGCCUACCCCUCCCAAGUUUUCUGCUCCUAAGGAGCCAACCGAUGCUUUGCCGUCAUCUGAGGCACGUCACCCCUCAUUUGAAUCCCUCAACCCUAUUGGGCGCCCCAGCCCAAUUGGACCGCCGAGCAACCGAAGUGCUCGUGCCGUUAGCGAUUGGAAUAACUUCCAUGAGAACGCCCUGGAGAAAGAGUCACAGAACGCGAAAGACUUUUUGAAGCGACUUCACGACAGACAGAACGGAGCCCCAGCCCCGCCACCCGUAGCAAUGGUCUUCAAUGAAACUUGGAAGAAAACACGUGCUACUGAAGAUGGCAGACGAAUUGUCACCCAGGUCACCGAAAGGGUGGUCACCAAUGAGGAAGAUAUCGCCAAAGCCAAAGCCAAGGCGGCCGCAAAUCAGCAAUCCAAUCCUCUUACCAGUCUCGAUACUCCUAUUGAUGGACUCAACGUGACUGACAUCGGUGUUCUCGAAGCGCCAGGUCGUCGAGAAGGAGCGCAGCAGUCCUUCGCCGCCUCCCCCGAAGAAGUUACAAGCCACCCCGUCUAUUCUGGAGACUCGAGCCGGCCCCACGUCAACCUUCCCGCUCCGAAGGCCCCCAAGCCGGUCGUCAAACUUCCCCCCAAGGCCAUUGGUGCCCCGGCACCUCCACCAACUUUUGCUUCAAUGGCAGCUGCGCCACCACGUAACACGGCCCCUCCUUCGACUGCGCUUUCGUGGCAGGACAAGAUUAACGGCCUCUUCGGGAAGACUACCCCUACGCAGAAGAAAAGUGCUUUGGCCGUGACAUCAGCUACCAAGGAACCUCUUCCUGUUCAUAUUGCCCCUGUUUCAGUCUCUAUCCCCCAGACCAAGAUUGACUCUCAAACUGGUGAUGGUGAUUUCGCCGUUCGACAAGUCAAUGAACAGGAUGAGAUGUUCGAAGACCGCGAACCUGGAUCUCUCCCUGCUGUUCGCGUGCCGAAUAUGGCACCCCAAAAUUCUUGGAGUGCAGCUCGUCCGUCAGAGCGAUCCCGCGGCAAGAAUUUCAAGCCAGUGCAGGCACAGAGUAUUCAGCCCUUCGUGGUUGGACACAAUGAUCGGGAUAACCAUGGCAAUACUCGCACUUCGGUUCUGCUUCCAGGUGGCUCUGAACCCAAGCCUGUCCUCAUUCAACGCAAGGCUGGCCCGACUCGAGGCCGCAAUAACAACCCAAACAUAAAUGCCAGACCUCGCAAGGGGAUCAACAACAAACCCGGUGAUGUUUCUGGUGGUAGCUCUAAGAAGUCUACCUCCAACACCACCCCACGACAGCAACCCCGUCAGCGCUCGGGCUGGAGCCCCGAACCCCCCACUUCUCGUUAA